AUGAUACCCAACUCCAAUUACUCCUUGGCCGAUGUCCUUUCUGUUGCCAAAAUUCACCCCUUCUACGUCACCGAUGCCCAAUACCCGCCUGAUGCACGCACCAUUCAAGCAGCCAGGGAACAGGCCCCAAAAGAGCCAAUUGAAGCAAACUUGAGGGCACAACCAUUGCUCCGCAAGAAGGAUCUCUAUACAACCAUCGAGCGGCUGAUCAACGACACUGACCCACGAAAUGCCUAUCGCCACAGCGUCUACGCGAGCGUCACAGGAGGUGGCUUUGGGUCAAAGCCUCUGUUCUUCGCCACAGACGUACAUGAGAACCGCCGGCACAGGGCCAACUUUGGCAGCUUCAUUCAGAACAUGGGAAUCAUCAAACAUGGGGACUGGGUUCUAACUAUGCACACUGCGGGGGAGCUUUACAGAUCCCUGGAUCUCAUUUUAGAGCUCCUUGAAAACGCCGGAGCCUCCGUCCUCGGCGCAGGACACUUAAUGUCGCCUGCUGAUGUUGUUCGGCUGUUGGUGGACUACCAUGUCAACAUCUUAUGCGGUGAUAGUAGCCAGAUGGCUCAGACUGUGCACUACAUUUCAACACUACCUCAGGAAGAACGAGCAAAGCUCCACAUUGAUCAGAUCAUCUACACCUCAGAGACACUCACCGCAGCUCAAAGGGCGCAUAUCAGUGCAGUUCUUGGUCCAGUCAAAAUCUGCUCCAUCAUGGGUAGCGCGGAAGCCGGUCCUUACGCAGUCAGUAAUCCCGACCUCACUGGAAAGAAUGCGGCUGCUGGCUAUGAAGACUUUAUCUAUGACACGCGCGACACUUUGUUUGAGAUUCUUCCUCCCUCGUUCUCCGAGAAUGGUUCUGAUCCUGUUCCGAUGCUUGAAGGAGAACAGGGGAUUAUUGCCCAAACCUCCCUUGCCCGCCUGCGAAAUCCCCUCGUGCGGUAUAUUACUGGAGAUGUUGGAUCACUCCAUCCUCUACCUGAGCAGGCUCGGGGUCUGAUCCCAGACAUUGAUUGGCCGCAUUUGCGUGUUCUUCGUCUCCAAGGACGCGAUCGUCGAUUCAGCUUCGACUGGGACGGGGAGUACAUCGAGUUCCAUCACCUAACCACUUUGCUGAACAACGAGGAGUGCGGAGUUCUUCAGUGGCAGGUCAUCUUGGACAAGAUGGAAGGUUCCCCAGAGUCAUCACUUGAAAUCCGCCUGCUUUGCUCCCCGCGCGAUAGGGACCUGAUUUCUGAACAGGCACUCAUCGAUCGCAUUAGGACAUUUUUUCAUGCUUAUUCCGGGAAUGAAUAUCGUUUCCGUCUCACCUUGUUGAAAGAUUUGAGCGGAUUUCAAAGGAGCAGCACUGGGAGGAAGGUGAUCAAGUUUAUAGAUCGCUUUAAUUGA